AUGCCUCACCGUGUAGACUCAAUCCCAAUGACGUCCUCUCACCGUCGCGAGUAUGACUAUGACUAUGAUCACUCUUACAGGAGACCAACUCCACCACCAAUUGCAACUCUCUCACAUUCCCCUUCACUAUCCGUUUCAUCCCUAGACCGUUCAUCCGUAUCUUCCCCAGCGCCACGCCGAUCACCCACUGAUCGUUCAGUUGAUUCACAUUCAACCUACUCUGAUGCAUAUUAUUCCCAAGAUCAGAUGGCUCGGCAGUCUAGACCGUACCCCCACGACUCAGUCCGGGACUCGGGAAGGGUCUCCCACAGCUAUUCUUAUACCCCCCGUCCUCAUCCUGAGCACAGGUACUCGCACGACUCUCACCCAUAUCAUGUGUCCUCUUCCUAUACUAGCCCCGCAUUAGCUCACAGUGCUGCGAGCAGCGGACGCGACAAUCAACAGCUCCCGUAUCCAAUUCCGGGCCAAAGUUACCAUGCCAUUGGUUAUACAGACGAUGCUGCUACAAAAUUAAGCGACCGUGUCCGCAGAAGGUGCUUCAAUUGCUGUACCACGGACACUUCGACGUGGCGCCGUUCUAACUUGAGUCCUGGAAAAGUCCUGUGCAACAAGUGUGGGUUGUUCGAGCGUACUCAUGGGCGGUCAAGACCGGAUCAGUUUCCUCACCGCAGAGGCGCUCUAGCAACGACUUCAAUGCGGCCAAGGACACCCCCGCAAUCAACGCAUCUACCUCCAAUCUCCACUCACGUUCCCCCUUUGGCGCCUUACCAUUUUUCACACCCUUCCAUUGCCCCUCUUCAGUCUGUGCCUGACUCAAGGAGAUCACAACACCCGAACACGUUGCCGGAGAUCCAAUCUUGGAUAGAUGCUCCAGCCGCACGGACCUCCUACUCCGCUCCGUCAGCAGACCGUAAUCAUGAAAGUGCGCGUCAGCGGUCUCCUCCCCGCUUACACCACGUAGAUAUGCGUCCUUCAAGCGUUCAUGAAGCCGUGGCAUAA